CUUUUGUGAGGCCUGUGUGGCGUAUUGAUCACAAAACACUUCAUCGACGCCGUCGACGACAACAAAACACCACAAUGCAGCGCUGCGCCGCCACGCUGGUCGCCGCGUGCCUCCUCGGCAGCGCCGAGUCACUGGCGCCACCCUCAGCGCACGUCGUGGACCUGCGCAGCGACACCGUGACCCAGCCGACAGCUGCCAUGCGCGAGGCCAUGAAGGUAGCGGAGGUUGGAGAUGAUGUUUUUGGGGACGACCCCACAGUCCAAAAGCUCGAACGGCGAGUCGCGGACCUGCUGGGCAAGGAGGCCGGCGUCUUCGUGCCGUCGGGCACGAUGGGCAAUUUGGUGAGCAUGCUGAGCCACUGUCGAGAGAGAGGGUCGGAGUACAUCGUCGGCGACCAGGCGCACAUUUACAUCUUCGAGCAGGGCGGCGCCGCGCAAUUUGGCGGGUGUCACCCGCGCGCGCUGCGGACGUUUGAGGAUGGGACCAUCGGGUCCCCGGCAGACGUGGAAGCCAUGAUCCGCCCGGACAACGAGCACUUCCCCGUGACGCGGGUCGUGGCUCUCGAGUCGACGCAUAACCUCUGUGGCGGUUCGGUGCUUUCCCAGACGUAUGUCGAGGCUAUUUGUGGUGUGGCGCAGAAGCACGGUGUGUCUACACAUUUGGACGGGGCGCGGGCCUGGCACGCGGCCGCGGCUUUAGAUGUGCCGAUCGCGGAGUACGUGCGCCCCUUCGACUCGGUGAGCGUCUGCCUCUCGAAGGGCCUGGGGGCGCCGGUCGGGUCCGUCGUCGUCGGGUCCCAGGAGUUCGUGAAGAGGUGUAGGAAGCUGCGGAAGGGUUUGGGGGGCACGACGCGGCAGGUCGGCGUGCUCGCGGCGGCGGGGCUGGUGGCUUUGGACGAGAUCCUGCCGGGACUGGGCGGCGACCACGCGCGGUGCGCGCGCCUCGCGGAGGGGCUGGCGGCGCUGGGUUUUGACGUGGAAACGCCGACGACGAAUUUACUUUAUUUUUCGGUGGGCAAGGUGCCGAUCGCCGCGGACGCGUUCGUGGCGGAAUGCGACCAAAAGGGUGUGCGUUUACUAGUGGUUCCCGGCGCCGUUGGCCGUAUGCGCAUCGUGACGCACCACCAGGUGACGGAUGCGGGCGUCGAGAAAGCGCUGGAGGUUUUUAAGGCGGCCGUCGAGGGGGCUUGA